AUGGGGCUGUUUGGUAGGAAGCAGAGGGAGAGUACGCCACCAGUGGAGAGGAGGGAUCUUACUCCUUGUGACCGGGUUUUCGUAGAUCCACCCAAGAACUAUGGGCGACCUCAUCCACCACCGCGGAUCACUGAAGAGCAGUUCGAGAAGUAUACUCGUAUGCUAGAGCAUUUCCAGGAUGGGGCUCUGCAAUUGCCUUUGAAUUCGUCAUCUCCGGAGGAGACUAGAGGUCUGAUCGCAGAGGAAAAAUGUUGGCUCAGUAGAGAAUGCCUUCUGCGAUUCCUGAGAGCAGCCAAGUGGGAUGUUGAUCAGGCUGUGAAAAAUCUCACUUCGACGUUGGUAUGGAGAAGAGAGGUUGGUCUUUCUCGAGCUGAUGACAAUGUCAAGCCUUUGGGGUCUGAAGUGGUUGCAGUCGAAAACCAGACGGGUAAGCAGGUCAUUUUGGGAUUUGACAUCAACAGAAGCCCUCUCUUUUAUAUGAAGAAUGGUCGGCAGAACACGGAGCCGUCUUUUAGACAAGUGCAAUUGCUGAUCUUUAUGAUGGAGUGCGCUGUCAUAUUGGCGCCGCAGGGUGUGGAGACCAUCACGGUUCUCAUCGAUUUCAAGAGUUAUAAAGAGCCGGGAGUCAUUUCAGAUAAAAUGCCUCCGCUUUCGAUAGCAAAGUUGUGCCUGGCAGUGAUGCAGAAUCAUUACCCAGAGAGAUUGAGCAAAUGUGUCAUGUUUAACAUACCCUGGUUUGCUUGGGCUUUCCUUAAGAUGGUACAUCCAUUCUUAGAUCCGCGAACGAGACAGAAGGCCAUUUUUGAUGAACCAUUUGAAAACCAUAUUGACCCGUCCCAGCUAGAGGCCGUCUACAAUGGCAAGCUUGAUUUCAAAUAUAAGCAUGAAAUAUAUUGGCCAGAUAUGGUUGCUAAAGUUGAGGAGCUAAAUGAGAAGCGGUUUAAAAGGUUUGUCGACUUCGGGGGCGUUGUUGGAUUGAGCGAGUUCGAUCUCAAGGGUAGCGGCGAUGACAUACUAUAUCCGGUAGAUUAUAGAAACGUAGUUUAG